GUGAGAGGGUGAUUGCUGCUUUUGGGAUAUUGACAGUGGGACAGAAAAGAAAAAUUAACACACACACACAAAAACACGCUUUUUUGCCUCAUCUCUGGACAGCUGACUUGAAGACAGCCUUGCGGAGUCUUUCGCCUCGUGCGAUCGGCCCAGUGGAUUUUGGAUGUGAGGCAUGAGCAAAAGACAGAAGAAGCACAGAGGAAUAAUACACUAGCAUGCGCUUUAAAUUUAUGGAUACGUCAGGAUGAAACGGCUCAGGACUUCAAGCAGCAGUGACAGUUCAGACAAUGAAAGUCCCUCGACAUCCUUUUCCUCUUACAAGUAUGGAAGCAAACCAGGAACCCCCGCCUCUGCUCAGAAGAAACCGGCAGAGGUUUUCAGAAAAGACUUGAUCAGUGCAAUGAAGCUGCCGGAUUCUCACCACAUCUCUCCAGAGGAUUAUUACCUGCUUGCUGACACCUGGAAGCAGGAAUGGGAAAAAGGUGUACAAGUACCCGCCAGUCCUGAGACCAUCGCUCAGCCCUCUGUGAGGAUAAUGGCAGAGAAGCCAAAGGAGGUCCUCUUCACCAAACCGAGGAAGUAUAUUCAGUGCUGGAGUCAGGACUCUACGGAGACGGGUUAUGUCAACAUCAAGGAGCUGGCAGAGGCCAUGUGCAGAUAUGACCUAGAUGAUAUGGACCUGUACUGGCUCCAGCAGCUAAAUGCAGAACUUGGUCAGAUGGGUGAUGGGCCGGUGGAUGAGUUGACAAUGGAACGGGUGAUGGAGGCUCUGGAGAGGCAGUGCCAUGAAAACAUGAACCAUGCCAUCGAGACUGAGGAAGGGUUGGGAAUUGAAUAUGAUGAGGACGUCAUCUGUGAUGUGUGUCGUUCGCCUGACAGCGAGGAGGGCAAUGACAUGGUCUUUUGUGACAAAUGCAACAUUUGUGUGCACCAGGCCUGCUAUGGCAUUGUGAAAGUGCCACAUGGAAACUGGCUAUGCAGAACCUGUGUGCUUGGCAUCAAUCCCCAGUGCCUUCUGUGCCCAAAAAUAGGGGGCGCAAUGAAGGCCACCAGGGCGGGCACCAAAUGGGGUCAUGUUAGCUGUGCUCUCUGGAUACCGGAGGUGAGCAUUGCGUGUCCGGAGAGAAUGGAGCCCAUCACCAAAGUGUCUCAUAUUCCCCCGAGCCGCUGGUCCCUCAUCUGUAGUCUCUGUAAGCUCAAGACUGGAGCCUGUAUACAGUGCUCAGUUAAGAACUGCACCAUCCCUUUCCACGUCACUUGUGCUUUUGAGCACAGCCUGGAAAUGAAGACCAUCCUGGAUGAAGGUGAUGAGGUCAAGUUCAAAUCCUACUGCCUGAAGCACAGCAAACCCAAAGUAGGAGAGCCGGGCUUGAGCCCAGCCCGUCAUAAACCUCCGACCGAUACUGAGAAGCUGGGCCUGAGGGCGCAGAAACUUCAGGAGCUAGAGGAGGAGUUUUAUACCCUUGUGCAUCCUGAAGAAGUGUCCCAGGAUCUUGGACAGCCUGUCUACCUGCUGGAUUUCAUCUUUCAGUACUGGAAGAUGAAGAGGAAAAGCAACUUUAACAAAGCCCUGUUGCCACCGAAAGAAGAUGAAGAGAACCUGCUUCUACAGCCACAGGAGGACAGUAUCCACACACGCAUGCGCAUGUUCAUGCACCUACGGCAGGACCUGGAGAGGGUGAGGAACUUGUGCUACAUGGUGAGUCGGAGAGAGAAACUGAAGCUGUCUCAAAGUAAAGCUCAGGAGCAAAUUUUCAAUCUGCACGUCAAGCUCAUCAACCAAGAGUUGUCUGCUGGGCUUACGGUGUCAUCGUCUUUAGAGAACCUGCUGUUCCAACCUCCUCCCAGAAUAACCAUUAAGCUCAAAAUGCCCAAAGUGGCACUUGGCAAUGGCAAAACCUGCUCCAAAUCUGGGAAUGGACCUCUGUGCCCGGACAACAGCGGUAAUGUGUAUGACAGUGUUGAGGGCGGCAUUGGCCAGGGAAAACCACAGCUACAUCUUAGCCGGGCACGAAUAGAGGAGCGCGCUAACGGCCUCAUACCUGCCUCGGUCUACAUACGGCGAGAUAAUGGAACGCCUCCAUUGGCUGUGAAACAAACAGGCAAACCCCUGGCUUUGCAUGCUGCCCUCCAUGGUCAAUCACCCAAUGGAAAGGGCAAAGCCGAACAGGAGAAAACGCACCAACUGAAAGCCAACGGCAAUAUAGAGAAGCAUGUACUUCAAAGAGACACUUCCUGUAAGACACCUACUGAACAAGAAACACGCAUUGGGAUUUUAGGGAAAGGUCAAGCAAGUGGAUUCCACAAAACCUCCCUUGAGCACUUCAGUAGAUCCCUUAAAGAAGCAACUGUCAGUUUAGUACGAACUGAGGAUCUACGGGCCUUUGAAAAGAACGCACUCAAAUCCUCUGGCUUCACCAAGCCGGUUUCCAUUGAGCGGCCACUAGGUGGCAGCAGAGCAUACCAAGACAGCGAUGGUUACUGCCCGGAUGCAGAGCUCAGUGACUCUGAGCCUGAGGCUAAGGGGAAGUGCCGGCAGGGAAGUAGGGGCCAAAAUCAGAGAACUCCUGCUGGGGACUACGUAAAGUCAGUGAAAACUCGAGCACAACUAUCUUUUACCUCUAGGACAAAGGUGCAAAGGUGAUAAUCUUUUAAAGCCAUUAAAAAAAAAAUCUCAAACCCACUGCUACAAAUUACUGUAAACUUUCCAGUGGUUAUAAUAAGUGCCAGAUUUUCCCAGCCCAAUUUUUUUUUUUUUUUUUACUUUGUCGAUGAUCAGGCAAUGGUUUUUAGCAUGGUGUGCCAAAAUAUUCUCCCUGGUAGAUUGAUGCAGAUCCAUCUAUUUUUAUAACGGGCCUCUCUUUUGGAUUGACAUGCAUCACUGUGUCUCUCUACCCAGCUCUAAUCCAUAGUGUUUCUGCAUUACUUGGACUCAAUAAAUGAGAGCACACCGUGUGUGGCAUACAGUAGGUUUUAUGGGCCUUGAAGCCAUGUUUCUGUACAUAAUGAACCUCAGUUUUUGUAGACUGUACAUAGUAGUUUGUGUACUAAAGAUGGUUUCCACAUACUGAAACAUCCUACUUUCUUACUGAUAUGGUUAUGCAAAUAAAUAAAGACUUAAGACCUCAGAUGUGACAUGUUUGGUUGUUCUGAGGAUUUGUUUGGCUGUCUGGAAGAUAUCAAAUCAGACUGUUUUCUCUGUUCUAUUUCUCCCUCUCUGUGCCUUGGUCUCUUUGAUGUUUCCCCCUUCUUUCUUUGGUAAUGUUAGAACUGGCAUGAUUGCUGUCUGAUUUGCUCCCUCUAUUGACAAAGUGUGUGUGUGCAAUCUGAAAUGGUAUUCCAUCAUUGUCUUGAAGUAACCAGAAAUGUCAACCUUAUUUUUAUAUAUAUAUAUGCUCAUACAGUAUAUACACUACUUGUCAAACGUUUUGAAACACUUGACUGAAUUGAAUCAAAUUGUGCCACCAUAUUAUUUUAUCCAUCCAUCCAUCCAUCAUCAACCGCUUAUCCUGUGUACAGGGUCGCGGGCAUAUUAUUUUAUUUAAUUAUAAAACGAAUAUAUAAUUUUUUUUUUUUAAAUUGAUGACUUGGACCAACUAAUAAAGAAAAUCAGCCAAUAAGUGCCCAACAUAGAUGGGAACUCCUUCAAUACUGUUUGCAUCCCAGGGUGAUUCCUCAAGAAGUUGGUUGAGAAAAUGUCAAGAGUACAUUUAUGCAAAUUCUAGGCAAAGGGUGACAACUUUAAACAAAAUCCAAAAUAAAUCAACAUUUGUUAUACUUCAGCAUCUUCAGUCACAACAUAAUUCCCAUAGUUCCAUUCAUGUUAUUCCAUAGUUUUGAGGACUUUAUUAUAGUAUUUUUUUAAUUCACAUUUUAGAAUAAUAGUAAAGAAUGAGUAAGUGUUUCAAAACAUUUGACCGUGUGUGUAUUUUUGUAAAUGUUUGAUUAUA